UAUAGUCUCUCUUUUUCUUUUUCUUUCUCUUUCUACCUAAAUUCUCUCUCCCUUCUGUCUUUGCGUUGAUUCUGAUUGCAGAAACCCCCAACCCUGCCUCCUCCACCCACCUCCUAGAUCGAGUCAGGGUGUCCUAUUUCAUUUGGAGACCUGAGAUGGUAAAUAGGUGACCGUAUGAUGGUGGCGUUUUAAGCUGAUUUUAUCAACUUUGCCCUCUGGUUCCAUUGGAUUUUGAACCAUUUUAAUGAUGGGCAAAGGAAGACAGUAGUUUAAGUCAGAUGAAAAUCCAGAAGAUUGGUUUUGGUAGAGAGGCUGAAGUUAUUACUAAUGGCUUUGAGGAUUAUAGCGGUUUCAGCGGUUUCAACAGUGUUAAGUUUUGUGGGUCUGCAGUUUUGCACAGACUUGUCAUUAGAUAAACUUAGAUCAGAUGGACUAAUUGGCUGGAAUUUAACUCAAUUUGACAACGCCAGCCAUGACGUUGAGCUUGACGUUGAGGUACCUUUGGGUCUUUAUACCACCAUAGGGCUGCUGGCUAAUUGCCUGAUCAAUAUAUUUGUCCUUCUCAAUCUUUGUCUCAAGGCCGUGUUCUUCACAGAGUUGUAUCCCUCUGAAACUCGUAAACUGAUUGAACGUCUCAUUAAUUAUGUCAUUUACAAGGGGACGUUUCUACCACUGAUUGUGCCACCAACAAUUUAUCAGGCAGGUCUUUGGUCAACUUGGCUGAUUGUGCUUUGUUCUUUUAAGAUGUUUCAAGCUCUAGCUAGAGAUCGCUUAGAUCGGCUAAAUGCAUCUCCAUCUGCUACACCCUGGACAUAUCUUCGUGUAUAUUCAGCACUGCUAUUCAUUUUCUUGGUUGAUGUUCUCUGGAUAAGGCUUUGUCUGGCGACAUAUACAACACAUGCGUCCUCUAUGUUUCUGUUACUAUUCUUUGAGCCUUUGAGUAUUGCUUUUGAGACCCUACAGGCCAUUUUGAUACAUGGAUUUCAGUUGCUUGACAUAUGGCUUCAUCAUUCAGCUUGCCACAGCAGUGAUUGCCGAAUGCCUAAAUUGCUUGAUACAUUAACCACAGGUUCGUUAUUGGAAUGGAAGGGAAUUCUUAUCCGGAACUUGGGUUUUUUCCUUGACAUGGCAACUUUUCUUAUGGCGCUUGGUCAUUACUUGUAUAUAUGGCGGCUGCAUGGCAUGGCUUUCCAUCUCGUAGAUGCAGUGCUAUUUCUGAAUAUACGUGCAUUGCUUAGUGCGAUAAUAAACCGCGUAAAAGGCUUUAUCAAGCUAAGGAUAGCUCUGGGAACACUUCAUGCAGCUCUUCCCGAUGCAACAACUGAAGAGCUAAGAACAUAUGAUGAUGAAUGUGCUAUAUGUAGAGAGUCCAUGGCUAAGGCUAAAAAGCUAAACUGUAAUCACCUCUUCCAUCUUGCAUGUUUGAGAUCUUGGUUGGAUCAAGGCCUGACCGAGAUAUACACUUGUCCAACAUGCCGAAAGCCACUUUUUGCAGGCCGGCCUGAAAAUGAAACAAACUCUAGUGCGGGAGUAAUAUCUAGUGAUGAGCAACUUGCACGCCAAAUGAGUGCAGGAUUUGAUCGGCCAAACCCUGCCAGACAUACCGUGCCUGCAGGAUUCUAUCAAAAUCAGACACUGAACAACGCCGAAGGUGUUCCUCUAAGGGGUCCAGGGCUGGACUCAGGUUGGUUGCAUUCUUGGCCAAAUCAAGGUAUUGAUGGAGCUGGUCCAUCUACUGCUAUCAGAACAGUUGGACUGGGAAGAGUUCAAAUGAUGAUGAGGCAUCUUGCAUCUGUUGGAGAAACUUAUGCUCAGACUGCCUUUGAAGAUACUGCUUGGAACCUCUGGCCUAUUAAUCCCUCUCAGGCUUCUGCAAGUGGUUCAACCAUUCCUUCCACUGGUGGAAGAUUGCCAGGAGGAACUGGUAGUUUACAUAUAAGGACGCCUUCACGUUCGGCAAGUGAUAAUACAGCAAAUUUACUUGCUAUGGCCGACACUGUUCGGGAGGUCCUACCUCAUAUUCCAGAUGACAUAAUAUUCCAGGACUUGCAACAAACAAAUUCUGUCACCGUUACUGUGAAUAAUCUUCUCCAAAUGUGACGUAUUAAGGUAAUAUUUUGCAUAUCAAGGGUUAUGAAAAAUCAAGGACGUAGAGCUGCAAUUGUCCUUGGAAAGGCAUAGGUUACAUUUUAUGUAUAUAGAGUCAGCACAUUUAAUCUGUUGUACUCAACAAGAAAGAUAGCAGAAAAUAUAGGCUUUUUCUUUCUCUUUCUGUUCCUCUUGAAUCUGUAGUAAAAUAAAUGUGGUAUAUGUUUCCAAGUUGAGCCGGUUCCUUUCUGUUGUUCCAUUUCAAUUGUAAUUUUGAAGUUUGAAUCUGCUGCUCCCUCAAAAUAUGCUGUAAUUUUAAUUUUCUCUCCAUUUUGUGAGACUGUGAGAGGUACCUCAAAGUUUGAGGUAUCAAUUAUCUUCAAAUGAUUCAAUUUGGGCCA